AUGCUUCCACAGAGGGUAGCCAGAUGGCCAACCCAUUCCCUAACGAGGAACCUCAGACCAUCACAAAAAGCACCACUACCCACCCGACAGCUCCAGCUCCAGCUCCAGCUCCGAAGCUGCUCGACAUGUGAAGCUACCACCCCCGCUGCCAGCCAAACCACCACCCCACCAUCCAACAAACCAUCCAAGAAAACACCACCACCACCACCACCACCAGCACCAGAAAAACCACCCCCAGACCACCGAACCCUCGGCCUCCACCAAAAACUCUUCACCACCUCCAUCUACUCCCCCGGCUCCGCCUUCUUCCUCCCCUCGGGCACCCGCAUCUUCAACCGCCUCGUCACCUUCCUCCGCAACCAAUACGUCCGCUACGGCUUCGAAGAAGUAAUCACCCCCCUCAUCUACAAAAAAGACCUCUGGGCCAAGUCGGGCCACCUCGAAAACUAUGCCCAGGACAUGUACACCGUCACCGGCGCCCGCCACGCAUCCCCGGAAGAAACCGAAGAAACCGACCGCGAAUACGGCCUCAAACCCAUGAACUGCCCCGGCCAUUGCCUCAUCUUUUCCAGUCAGAAACGCUCCUUUCGCGACCUCCCCAUCCGCUACGCCGACUUCUCCCCUCUCCACCGAAACGAAAACACAGGCUCCCUCACCGGCCUCACUCGUGUGAGGAGGUUCCACCAGGAUGAUGGGCAUAUUUUCUGUCGUCCCGUUCAAAUAGAGGAGGAGAUUAAAAAGUCGCUGGAGUUUGUCAAGCAUACUUAUGCCACCCUUGGAUUGGGGCCGUAUCGGUUGGCGUUGUCUACCCGACCAGAACAAUACAUUGGUUCACUGGAAGAUUGGGACAAUGCAGAGAAUGCCUUGAAAAGGGCGUUGGACAAGAGCGGGGCGGACUGGACGGUUAAUGAGGGAGAUGGGGCGUUUUAUGGACCAAAGAUUGAUAUUGUCUUGAGGGAUAGUCAUGGGAAGGAGCACCAGACUGCGACGAUACAACUUGAUUUUCAGCUGCCUAAGAGGUUUGAGUUGGAGUAUAUCGCUCCCGCGCCGGAGCUGGAACAAAAGGGGGAGACGACUACUGACCCGGAGUUGCUGGCGAGCUUUGGGCCGGUGAGACCGGUGAUGAUACACCGGGCGGUGCUGGGGUCUGUGGAGAGGUUGAUGGCGUUGUUGAUUGAGCACUAUGAUGGGAAGUACCCGUUGUGGUUGAACCCAAAUCAGAUCAAGAUUAUUACUUUGAAUGAUACCGAGCCGGUGGUGGAGUGGGCUACUCGGGUGAGGGAGAGGUUGUUGGGGAUCGCGGAUGGGGAUGUUACUCCGACGCAUUUUGCGGUUGAUCUUGAUACCAGCGCGAGACCGAUUGCUGUCAAGAAGGCAGAGGCUGUUGGUGCGGGAGUGAGUGUGGUGGUUACUAUUGGGGCUUCAGAGGUGGAGGGUAAAUCUCUCAGUGUUGACAUGUCUGCUGUUACUGGGUCGAGGAAGAGGGUGAUGAUGGGACCCGAGGAGCUGAGGGCUUGGGUGGGGGAGAGGGUUGCUGCUCAUGAGUAG